AUGGAACAUCGCAAAUAUCGGCUUGUGCUCCGAAACGCACUGCUCAUUCCCAUAGACUCAUCCCAAGAAUCGUCAUUUACUGCAAACAUCCACGUAUCACACAGCGGCCACAUAGUUUACAUCGGCCCAGAAGUUGCCCACGACGGGGAUGCCGAUGCUGUUGUCGACGCAACAGGAAAUUGGGUUCUACCAGGGUUUAUCUCUGCUCAUAGCCAUCUGUGGCAGAGUGCCUUUCCUGGUCGGGCCUGUGAUGAAUCUGUUAACAGAUGGGCGGAUGAUAUCUAUAAGCAUGCUGCGGGCCUAGGAGCAGAUGAUUUCUACGAGCUAGUGCGUCGCGGCGCACAAUCGCACUUGGAAAAGGGAAUCACGACGGUAUUCAAUUUUACGUAUUCACCGAAUUUUAAGGAUGGGAAGUCGGAUCGAGCCCAAUUCAGUGGUUCGAUUGACGCUGGUAUUCGCUUUAUUCAUGCGUUCAACAUUGGUGCAAUUAAUAAAACUUGGUCGGUUGACCAGGCGGUUGCGCGGACGCAAAAAUUCCUUGACUGGACGGCGCCUUACGAAGAGACGAGCCAAUAUCUUGGAACCGCUGUGGCAAAUCACGGUGUCACCUAUGACGAUAAUAAAUCUAUCCAGGCAGAGGCCGAGAUAAUGGGGAGGUUCAACUUACAAGGCCACCUCCAUUACCUUGAGAGCCCACUACCAGAUGACAUCCGUUUCGAGCGCUCCCGUUGGCAGUGGCUGAAAGAUGCUGGCCUGCUAAACCCUCGCCUGAUUCUUGGGCAUUUUGUACAUCCUACUGCGGAGAUGGUCAGCGAAGCUGCUAUGGCGGGCGUCCGGAUGAGCUGGAAUCCGCUCUCGAAUGGGCGACUAGGGUCCGGAAUCGUGGAUACUCCAGCGUACCUCCAGAAAAACCUUUCUAUUGGGCUCGGGGUAGACGGCGAGGCGAGCAGCGAUCGGUGUGACCCAUUUGAAAAUAUGCGGGCGGGCCUAUACUCAGUUCGAGGAAUGUACAGGAACCCUAAGGUUCUAGCGCCGUAUGAUGUUCUGUAUAUGCACACCCUCGGCGCCGCGCGGGCCCUCGGGGUUGAAAAUAGAGUUGGGAGCCUCACUGUUGGGAAAUUCGCCGAUAUGGUUCUCAUUGAACCGCCAAGGAGUAUACGGCCGGGUGAUCCUGUCUCGACGGUCGUAUUGUCUGCGGGGAUUGAAAAUGUGAAGGAGGUUUUCGUUGGCGGUGUUCCAAUCAGCUCGAAAUGUUGUGUUCCCGGAAGGACAUCAAGUGAAUGGUCCGCAUGGAAAUUCUAG